AUGGAACCUACUAUUUCAGAAAUUGAUUCGGAAAUUUCUGUUGUUGACUAUGGAAAAUGUAUAGAUUGUGGAAGUGUGCGAAGCAAUGUAGGCUGGUGUACUGAAUGCAAUGUAAUUGCUUUUAAGGAAAGUUUUGGAAAUUGGACAAGUGGUAUUCCUCUUAUUGACAAUUUUAUUAAAUAUACGCAAAUGAGCGCAACCCAAAACUUAGAUUAUCUCGAAUAUAUUGAAUUUAAUCAACUUGUUCUUGUAGAAAAUACAAAUAAAGGUGGCGCAUUUAGCAUAAUCUAUUCAGCAUUUUGGUUAGAAGGUCCUCGAUGGAUUUGGGAUGAAGAAGCAGAACAGUGGACGCGUAAUGGUCCUAUAAAGGUAGCCCUUAAAAGGCUUAAUAACUCGCUAAGUAUGAGUGAGGAUUAUUUGAAGCAACUUUAUCAAUAUCGUCGUUGUCUACUAGAUAUACAUGUGGCAGAAGUAUUCGGAAUAGCUAAAGAUAACAAUACAAAUUUUAUGUUUGUCAUGAAAUAUUAUGAGAAUGAAGAUUUACAUUCAUAUCUUGAUAAUGUAAAAGGAAUGCUAUGUUGGAGAGAUAUUGUUGAAUUACUUUGGGGAAUAUCUGAAGGCAUAAAUAAAAUUCAUGAAAAAGGAUUAAUUCAUGGAAACCUUCAUGGAGGCAAUCUUUUGAUUGAAAAUACACCAGAUUCAGUAGAAGCACGUAUCAGUGAUGUGGGAUUGCAUUUUCCUAUUGGUAAAACAAAUUCAGAUAAAAUAUAUGGAGUUCUUCCUUAUGUUGCUCCCGAAGUUUUACGAGGGAAUCCAAUAAUAAAGGCCUCUGAUAUCUUUAGCUUCGGAAUUAUCAUGUGGACACUUUCUGCAGGAAUUCGUCCAUGGUACAAUAGACCACAUGACCUUAAAUUAGCAACCGAUAUUUGUGCCGGUCUUCGACCAGAAAUCAUCGAUGGAACUCCAAAGGCUUAUGUUGAAUUAAUGACAAAUUGUUGGGAUCUUAACCCUUCAAUGCGUCCAACCGCAUCUGAGUUAAACGAAUUAUUAAGUAAUUGGAUAAAUGCUAUAUGUGACGAUCCACAUCCAUCUGAAUUAUCUGAACAAUUUGAUCUUGCUGAAGAGAAAAAAUUUUCAAGUUUGAACAAACAUGAAUUUUAUCAACCGGAAAUCCAUUCUGAAUCUUGCUAUACGAGUAGAUCUUUGAUUCCAGACAUUUUUAAAAUAACUUAG